GAUAUAAAAAAAAAGCAUCGACUGCUAUUUACACAGUGUAGGGGGUAUAUUCGUUAUUAAAUUUUUCAUAAUAUAUGAAUGAAAGAUGGCUAUAAUUUAUUUAGUUUUCUUUUCAUUAUUAUUUACAUCUUCUUUGUGUAAUAAGUACUCGGAGAAAAUGAAUUCUCCUGAAUACCAGAAUUUACUUUCACUAGAUAAACCAUUCAGAAUGCAAAAAUUAAAUUUAGUUUGGGAAAAAGCCGCUAAAAAAAUGUCUCCUGAAAAACUGAAGCUGCUGUACACUGAUCUGAAGUUUCAAGAUAAAGAAGAAUUGGCAUGGAAGAAACAGAAGGCUGAAGGUCAUGACAAAAACGGUCUUAAAGAAGCUGUAAUACAAGGAAGUUUUAAAGCAAUCCUUGAAAAAUAUCAUUUAGUGGAUGAUUUCAGAGACCUAAAAGAUUCAGUUAAGGCUAAUGCACCGGACAUAUCUGAUGAUGCAUAUAUGAAAACAGUCUUCAAAGACAAGAAAUUAAAUAAGUUAUGGUUGAAAGCAGAACAACAAGGAUUUUCAGAAGAGCAACUUAAUAUGUUGAAAGAAGAGUUUCAGCAUCACCAGAAUAAAAUUGACCAAUAUUAUCAAGUCUUGAAUCAGCUUCAUAAAGAGCCAACAAAUAAUGAGGUUGGCAAUACUAUUGAUCAUAUUCUUCAUGCAGAAGAAGGAGAAAAAGUAUGGAAAGCUGAUAAUCCUCAUCAGAUUUUGAAAGAAAAACAUGCUCAGUUAAAAGCAGGAUAUGAUUAUUUAACAAGUAAAAUUAUACCUAAUUUUAAAAACUUGGAAUUUGAGGAGCCACAAGUAAAUAGUCUUUGGGAAAUGGCAAAGAAUGCAAGUUUUACUCCAGAAGAAUUAGAAAGUUUAAGAGGAGAACUCCACCAUUUUGAGCAUAGAAUAAGGAAAUUAAAAACUCUGGCCUCUUUAGAAAUGGAGAGAGAUCACAGUAAUCAUGUUGAUGAAGUUGUGGCCAAAAGAGAGAAAAGACUGAAAGAAUAUAAUUACAAAGUAGAGAAAAUUCAGAAGGAACUAACUAAUCGUAUUCUCCAAAGGCAUUCAGAAUUAUAGACGUAUCUGAAAAUAUUUUGUAUUUCUGAAUAAAUUUGUUAUUCAUGCAGUUGUUAUAUUUUAAAUGUUGAUUAUAAAUUAUAUUUUUUCUUUUGAUGACCUUUCAGGUUUUAGGUCACCAAAUCACUGAACCAUUUUUAUGUUGUAGUUUUGUAAUAUUUUCUUGUGUUUGUUUUGAAUCUCAAUGCAGCUGUUUUAUAAAUGUGUUCAUAAUUAGUUAUGCUGUGCUUGAAUACUUUUUAUAUGGAAUCUGUUGACUAUUUUUUUUUAUCAUGCUCAUAUAAAUAUUCACUUUUGUAUGACUAUUGUGUAAAAAACAUAACUGCUACAAUUGUAAUAAUAAAUGAUUUUUAAAAUGAAA